AUGGGCCAAGACAGUAUUCAGAUGAAGAGGCAGGGUGCCGACAACUUCACGGAAUACUACAACUAUGCCUGCACCCAACAAGGAUCCACCCCCCUCGCUGUUGUGAAAAUGCACAUAGACAAGGGCAUCCUAGAUUUCAAUGGAGACAGGGCCAAACUCGCAGAUUGGUCCCCCAUCCUGGACUCCAUCUCAAUCAAUAAACACCUUCACCACAUUGCAAUUAUUAGCACGUUCCAAACAAGCCACGGGUGUGGAGAUGCAGAUAGAAGGUACUACAAGUCACUGUUCAGGAAAAAGGUCCCAGCUCUACGUUCUAAAGAAAUAACUUUCAAGUUGUGUAAGGCCCUGAAGGAGUGUCUGUCCAUCUCUCCCAACUUGAAGAUAUUAAAGCUUAAUGGGCUGCCGCUGAGGAGUAGAGACCUUGUAAAUUUGACAAAGGGUAUAGCAAAAAGUGUUUCCUUGGAAGCUCUUUCUUUGGCAAAUUGUCCUAUUGCUGAUGAGGGCCUGGAGGUUACUUGCCAAAGUGUGAAAUACUCUACAAGAAUCAAAGAAGUAGAUUUUUCAGGGUGCAAUAUUACGUGGAGGGGAGCUGAGCAUCUCGCCAACAUCAUACAGCAUCAGGGAAUACAGAGGCAUGGUUCUGCAUGGGCACAAUCCUUGCGGUAUCAACAGCCAAAAUUUGAGGGUAUGGGUGGUCUCAGACGUCUCACUCUCAACUGUAACACUUUGAUCGGGGACCUGGGUGCAGCUCGUCUGGCACGUGAACUGGCCGAAGACGUCUGGCUUAAAGCUGUGGACCUUCAGAAAUGUGGCAUUUCCAAUCGAGGAGCUCGUUGUCUGCUGGAAGUUCUGAAGACAAAUUCUACUCUAUGCGUGCUGGACAUCCGGAAUAAUCCUUUAGUUGACAAUGCCAUAAUUAAGACCAUAAUAGAGAAAGCACUAAUGAGAGCUGAAGCACAAGCACCAGAGUACAGCUGGCUCACGCCAGCCGCCAAAGAGCCACCGAAAGCUUCUGCUUCUAAGCGGCAUGUGUCGUCUAGGGCGUCAACAGAGAAAACUGCCCCACAGAAAGUGACCUCUGUUCGAAACGAAAGCUCAGUCUCUAGUCAGCUUCAAAAGGCUGCCACCCGCUGCAGACAUGGGCCUCAACAUUCAGCUGCACGUGCUGGACGCCAGCGAGGCUUUCCUCCUGCAGAUGCGAAGAACUGUAGUUUCCUGGUAAGGCCUCACGAAGCCAGUCAGCUGAAUCUUGGAGGCCAAGCAGCGUCCACUGUGAAGGUUACAUUUGCAUCUGGUUCGGAGGAAGAGGAGAAUUGUGACGAAGAAGAGGCUGAAGCAGUGGUGGCAGGGGAUCAAAAAAGAUUACAUGGAAGCCGCCAGGACAGUGACGUUGAUCGUCGACUGGAACGUAUGCAGAUAGCGCUACAGGAAUGUCGUUUGAGAUUGGGAGAGGAGCGCAGAGCCAGGCUCAAAGCGGAAUCAUAUCUCAGAGAGGUUGAGCUGGAAAAUGCUCGUCUUCGUGAUAACAACCUCGCGCCGCCUAACUUCAGCGCCCUGGAAGAUGAAGAUGUUCUGGAGAGCAUUGAACGCUCCUUCACCAAGUUCCACGCCUUCCUGGAUCUCGUCAAGGAUGCUGGCCUAGGUCAGCUAGCAUCAAUGGCUGGCAUUGAAACAUCAGAUUUCCCGCCUUUGGGAAAACCGCAGCUCUCCUCCACACUUGGACCUGAGACCCAACGGAAUGGAGCAGCAUCAAGUGUAUGCCAUUAUGACGAUAUUCGUACGCAAAAUUCAGCCGCUGCUGCUCACCCUGAUGGCAUAGGUGACAUCAUUGAGACCCCCAUAUGUGCCUCUUCUCUCAAAAUGCCAUCGCAUCGGGAGGGACCACUGGGCAUGAACUUCAGAAAGGCUGCUGAAGCACAGGUGGACUUAAGCGUCAUAAGAGAAGAGGAGUCGGAUCAGUUCUUUAAACCCGAAACUCAGUAUGACUCCGGUUCAGAGCACAGCUUCCAUAGCCAGAGUUCCCGUCAUGAAAGUUGUCUGGCUUCAAGAAACAGCGGUUCCCAUCGUCCUUCUGGUCACAGCAAUUCUGCUCAUAGCCAUAGUUCUAACAGCAGGUGGAGCGCAGGCGAUAUCUUUAGAAACUUAACAGGUAACCAAGCGCACUCGCCAGGCUCGCAACAGCUGGGUGUCAUACAACGAUCUGGGUCAGAAACGUCAGAGGAGGAAAUCACCUCUAUGGUGACUUUGCAAGGAUACCCAGAUGGUGGAUUUUUUUAG